UGCCACAGUGAAUUUAGUUGAUGAAACGCUACGCCUGCAAACGGUUGCCUGAGAUAUACUCGACGUCCAAUAACAAAAUCGUGCCGUCGCCGUGACAAAAAGGAAUACAUCUAAAAGAGAAGAAAUCAGAAUUUGUGUAAAGAAUUCAACAAAGAAAAAAAAAAAAAACAACAAGAAUCGUUAAAGAACACAUCACUUGUUUUUAUUUAACAACAACAAAACAAAAAGAAACGGGAAAAAGAACAAAGAUAGAAAUCAGUAACGAAAAAGAGCACAAUUUUAUAUUUUCGGUCGUGUACACACAGAAAUAACAAAGACUGUUGUAAAGCCGCCGACCAAACGACCCCUACGGAGUGUGUAAAGAAUAAAAAAAAUAAAGAAAAAAAUAUAAACGGCAAAACAAAAAAAGCAAGAAAAUUUAAACACAAGAAAGAGCUUAAUUAUUUUUUAAAUACCUAUAUAGCAUAACACAAUAUAUUUCUAUAUAUAUAUGUUUAUACUCAUUGAAAGUGAAUUAAUUAUUUCCUCAAAAACGUAAAGAAGCAUAAAUAAAUAAACACGAACGAAGCCGCAAAAUAAAAACUGCGAAAAUAUUACGAAACUUGAGCAAAACCUGAAGAAAAAACUACGCUACGCUGUUCAUACAUAAAAAUAAACGGCGAUUUAUUUGACGUUAUUCUUGCAAAAAUUUGGAAAGUGUAAAAAUCUUUGGUCAAAUAAACAAGCUGUACUUAAAACGGCUAAUAAAACCAUUUGAAAAAGUGCAUUAAACCAAACAACAUAUCUAUCCAGCAAAGGCGAAAAAAUCAAUACGUAAAACCACAACAACAACGUACCAAGUAAAGCGGCAGCAACAACAACAACUACCGUACACCUGCUACCCACCUUCUGCUUCUUCUUAUUCCGUUUACUCCCUCACUUGUUAUUCUUGAAUUAAGAAAAGCUCCCUCCUGUCUGCCCACCCCACACUCCUACUUUUGGCAGGCUACCACAGAAAACAAAACUCCCCACCCCCUUUUCCCACACAUACACACACACACAACAAACACAAAAAGAAGCAGAGACCAAACUUUAAACAUUACCGUCACUCUGUUGGUGAAAUUGAUUGAAUCCCCCCACAACAAAAGUGAACCGAAGAUUAUGACAAUGGUUGAAGGCAUGACUUCCAUUGAAUUGGGUACGAUACCCUCACAGGAUACAACGAUAGGUGUCAACGGCGAUGUUAUGCCCGAAGAGGUUAUGGAGACGCCAGAAGAAAGAUAUGAACGUCUUUUACAUCGUGCUCAAAUUGAAGAUUUAAGCGAAGUUUCCGGCAUCGGUUGUCUUUAUCAGAGUGGCGUGGAUCGUUUGGGCAGACCAGUGAUAGUGUUUUGCGGCAAAUGGUUCCCUGCCCACAACAUCGAUUUGGAAAAGGCCUUAUUAUAUUUGAUAAAACUCUUGGAUCCCAUCGUUAAAGGAGACUAUGUUAUUGCCUACUUCCACACUUUAACCAGCACCAAUAAUUAUCCAUCAUUACAUUGGUUGCGUGAUGUUUACAGUGUAUUGCCUUACAAAUACAAAAAGAAUCUAAAAGCUUUCUACAUUGUACACCCAACAUUUUGGACAAAGAUGAUGACUUGGUGGUUUACCACAUUCAUGGCACCAGCCAUUAAAGCCAAAGUACACUCAUUGCCGGGCGUGGAACACCUAUACUCGGCGAUUACAAAAGAUCAAUUGGAGAUUCCCGCGUAUAUAACAGAAUACGAUAUGGCCACAAAUGGCAUACAUUAUUUCACACCACAAACACAGACGACCACGUCAUAGACUACAAUCAUCAGACCAGAGGCUGUAUAAAACAAAAUUCAAGCAAAAAAGUAAAAAAAAACCAAAACACCUGAAUGCAGAAAAAAAAACAGCAGCAACAAAAAACAACAACAACAACCUACUUCCUUCCACGAAAACGAAGCCUUUCCGCCAUCCUUGUGGUCUUUUUUUGUAUUAGAGAAAAAAAGUCCUUUUGUACCACCAUCAAAAUAAUUGCCAUUAACCAUAAAACACCCACAACACAACACACACACACCCACACACUUACAACACAAUCACUAAAACAAGUCCUCCUAGUCCUAGGGCAGCCCGCCAACGUGUUGCCAUCAUUAGGAACAGUCUCUGUCUAUGGAAUGUGUUAUGCAAUGUGAAAUAAGCAAAAAAAAAAACAAAACAAAAAUGAAAAAAAAAAAUAAAAAAGCAAAAAACUUAACGGAAAUUUAAACCGAAAAUCCUUAUAGAAAUAGAAAUGUUAAUGAAAUGAAAAGUAAGAUACAUACAUAGAUACUUACCUAACUAUAUACAUACAUGCAUACAUAUAUACAUAUAUAUACUAACAUGCCUACUACAUAUAUACAAGCGAAACUCCAUACAACAAUAAACAAAAGUCCCAUUGCAGGAAGAUUUAAAGCAAGAAAAUUUCAAAGAAAAACUAAGAACCGCCACCACCAAAAGUCCUCUCCAUACAAAAAGGCCUCCCCCCCCCAAUUAAAGAAAAAUUUAGCAUAACCCAAACUAUAAAUAAAAAAAAAACUAUAUAUACAAAAUGUAAGUAGAGUUUGGGCGGACGUUAUUAACAGAAAACAAAAAAAUAGAAAUUUAAAACAAGGAAACCUUUAAACAACCACAAAUUAAAUAAAACAAAAAAAUAAGGAAAUCAAUCAACCAAACAGAAAAAUAAUUAACUAAAAUGAUGUACCUUUAUAUGAAAGCAUAAACAAACAAAAAACUCCACAUUAUUAUGAUUAAUUAUAAUUAUUAUUAAUUA